GCCAGUUUGAUGAUUUUGGAACAAAUUUAAUUUUAUAUUUUUAGAAUUCCUAAUAAUAGUGAUAAAUUUCACAUUCAAUAAUAUAAACAAACAUUUAUUUAUAAGGUACCUACUAUCUCUUUUUGUUCAAAAAACCGGCUUUCCACUAAACUAGUUGUUCGAAAAGGAAAACAAUAAUUAUUUUUAUCUUCAGUAUAUGAGUUUUGGUUUAGCUUAAACAUCUAAAUUAAAAUGGAUCCUGAAGGAAACUGCGAAAAUGAUGAAUUAUUUUCAAACAACUUUUUCACUAAUCUAUUAUCGUUUAUGGACGAAUCUGAAGAAACUGCUGUUGAAAAUCCUGACAGUGGUGUGGUUACUAGUGGCAGUUUUGGAAGCUUUUCUGCUAGAUCAGCUUCAGUUUAUCAAAACAGCGAUUCCAAUAACAAUGUAUCUCCAACAUGGACAGAUUCAGCAUUUGGUCUCAUAUCAUCUGUAACAUUUAUUGAAGACUCAACUUUGACUCAAGAUCCUGCAGUUGCACAUAAAAAGAAAAAACACAAAAAAUCAAGCAUAUGCCAGUUUUGUUUGAAAAAUGGCGAGCCAAAAAUUGUAUUUUCCAGCCACAUUUUGAAGUCGCUGGAUGGGUUGGUUGUUUGUCCAACUUUGAGACGGUAUGUUUGCAGUUUGUGUGGUGCAACAGGUUCAUAUUCACAUACCAGAAAAUACUGUCCGAAAUAUCUGGAAAUGAUGGCCUGGCAAGAAUACUAUCAGAACUUUGUUUCAAUGUUUUUCUAAAGAAAAAAUUUGCAAUUUUGCUAGACAAGAAAAUGUUUUAUGUUAAUUUUAUUGGAUUUUAAUAUUUUACUGUUAGUUAUUGGAUUGCGUUUCAUGUUUUAGGAGAUUGUUUUAAAUUUAAAGAUUACUUACUAAUAAAUGAGUUUUUAGUUUUUUUAAGUGCAUUAAAAACACAUCUCAAAAACUCCUUAAACAUAUUUGGAAUAGUCAUGUUCAAGGGCUGAAGAUGUAAAACAAGUUCUUUCUCAUCAUGUAAUUACAAAGUCUUGUUCAACUUUGAGAAAGUAUACGAGCUAUCCAAAUCAAUUUAGCCCGGAUUUAUAGAGAGUUUAAUGUUCUUUUUAUAGGUGUAUAAUUUAUUUUGAUUUGCUUGAAUUACAUUGAAAAUAUUGGCAUUUUUCCUUAAGCUUGUCAGGAUUUUUAAAAAUUGAAAUUUUCUUUUUUGAUUGAAAUGGUCAUUUGAAGAUGAUGAUAGAUUGUUUUUUCACUAAUUUAGAUCCGCUAUUUCGAUUGGAAAAGUCGAAAUUUGGAAAAUAUGGAAAAUAAAUAACUAUUAUUCACAAUCAUACAUGUAAUGUUGGACUUUAUACAAGGACUUUACUGACUUUUAAAAAGUUUGAAAAUGUCACUUUUUUGACUUUUACUUUCGGCCCACGGGUCGAAAGUUUACUCACAACCCGUGGGCCGAAAGUAAAUGAAAUUUUUAAAAUUUAUUGUAUUUUUUGACUUUUACUUUCGGCUCACGGGUCGAAAGUUUACUUUCCUCCCGUGGGCCGAAAGUAAAUGAAAUUGUUAAUUAUUGUCUUUUUUUAGUUUUAAUUUAAAUAAAAAUUUCAAAAUUCGAAUGAUUGUAAAUAAAAUAGUAUACAUA